AUGCUUCAUGGAUUAUCUCUUUCAACGUCGCUGGUAUCGGUGGCAAACGCGACCUCUGCAUCCGUCGAUAUUACCACUGAUUCAACACCUUCAGUGGUAUUGAUAACAUCCACUAACCAGGCAUCACCUUCUACUUCUACGAGUGCUCAUUCUUUACCUGUAACCGAAAACUCUACAUCUAUCGCACUUGCUAGUGAAAUUACAUCUAUUUCAACGACUCAAGCACUCGCUGUGACUACUACAACAUCAAUUUCUUCGUCGACCUUUUCUUCAGUAGUUAUUACUGUGGAAUCAUCCUCAAAGGUUCCGAAAAGUUCGAGUGCGUUCAGUACAGGCUCUAGUAAAUCUCUUGCCAAGUCGACAGUCCCAAUCCUGGCGUCUACUGCUGCCUCUUCCUCUAUUUCAACUCCCAGUGCCGUGGCGAGCAAAACUAGCCCCAAGUCAACGGUACCGACUGUAAUUUCAGGUUCCUCCGGUGGGAUAAUAGAUUCAACUUCUUCUAUGUCAGCUGCAGCUGCUCUUCCAUCAAUUCCAAUUACCCCAAAUUCAUCGAAAAAUAAUUCACCUGUUGUUACACUGGCGGACCAAACCCCAACUAUGUCUAAUAGCAAACCAGGUGCAACCGUUUCUUCACACUCAUCAAGUCCUGCGGUCUCGACAAAAGAAGCUGCGCCCCCACCAGCGUCAUCUACCCGUUCAGAACCGCUCCCAGCUCCCCCAAGCAAACCAGUGGAACCUUCUUCGUCAACAUCCAGCAAGUCUUCUACUACCAUUCCGACACCAACGACUUCGCACAGUGUAGGGACAACUACAUCAGUUGCCACGACAUUACUAGUGGUUGUGGUAAAGGCGCCACUGAAUCAAAGUACGAGUACAGUCACUCAAACAGCAGACACAACAUUGUCCAGUGCUGUAAUACUUACCUCUACUCAAUCAAAUGGCUCAAAGGUGGUUACUACGCCUGCAUUGGUCACUCUUAUGAGUACUUCAACGGAAUCUGACGGAGCUCUAACCACCGUCACCCAUAUCGUCGCAAAUCCUCCUAACUUGGGGAACACUCAACAAUUGUCUUCAGAUAACGGGCCUCUGCAUAAACAAGGCGUGCUUGCUGGAAUAUGUGUAGUAGUUGGAAUCGUAGCUGCAACAGCGGCUAUUGGCCUCAUUUUCUGCAUACGCCGCCAACGUCGCGUCAACCGACGUAAACGGUGGUUGGCUGGGAUGCAGCAUCAACGUCCGGCGUCACUGGCAACUGAUCCCUUCCGUGACCCCCAAGAAUCUUAUCAGGGCCCUGCAAUGAGGUCUGUAGGGUCGACUCGUGAUCGAAAUUGGGAUCAAGGUAGCGGUGGAUCGCCUUUACUCUCGCAAGAACCAAUGUCGCAUGAACAACGCAAUAUUUUCGGCGGUCUAUCACUUAUUCCAGACCCUUACCCAGCUGCCCACAGCAUUAAUCCUCAUAAUCAAGCACAUUAUGAGUACCCGCAUGCCGGUAUUGCGUACACUACGGAUAUGGCCAACCCGAUUGCACCUUUCAAACGACAUUCUUUGACUCCUUCAAGUCCUUCAAUCUAUCCUGCCACUCUACCUCCAGAUGAUAACGAACGUCCCGAGGCUGGGGACCCCAACUUAGAACCUGUACAAAAAGAGUUAAUAUCGCCUGUGUCCCUGUCAACCGUUCCACCGAGGCCACCCCGUUCCCAUCUCCGAGAAAGUGCCAAGUUUGGACACUAUGCAGCACCCCUUACUCCACCUGAAUCUAAUUCAUCACACAAUUCACAACCUUCAAGUCCCGUUGCCGACACAAAUCGUCCUCAAGACUUUUUCACUCGACGUACCCUUUUAGACGUUCGAAACCGGUAA